UUCUUAAAAUAAAACCACAACAAAACAACUCGAUUCUCUAGUGCAGUGGAAAUUUGUUAAAUAAUAUUAAGUGAGAAGCAGAGAAGUUAUAAGUUUAAUUUUGUAUUUCAACAGUAAUAGAAAAUAUAUUAAAUGGCAGAAGAGUCAAGAAUGUAGAUUAUAUACAUAACAUCGUCAUUUUUAACCAUUUAUCUGAUGCCAUUCAAAUAUAUGAAAUAGAUUCUUAACCUCAAGAAUUUAAGUAAGAUUAGAAAAUAUAUUUCCUUUAGUGCAAAUUUAUUUUCGUCUUGAUAUUCCUCUUGAUUGAAUUGAAACAAAUGUGUAGAUCGGUCAUUUUUCUAUAAAUUAAUUUAUCAUUGCUACAGAAUGGAGCCAAAUGAAAGUGAAAAAUAUUUAAUCACUUUACGAGAGCAUUUAGCAGAAUUAUUGGAUAACAUAUCAGAUAUUGGUACUGCAUUAAAUAAAAAGUCCAAUAGUCUAUUACAUGAAGUAGGAAACACUAGCCACACAGACAUACAUAAAUUGGAAAAAAUUGGAUUAGGAAUGAUAAAAAUGUUGAAGAUUCUAAACAUAAAUGUAGUGGACAUUACAAAUUUAUUAGAAAGGGACUUGGAAAAGGUGAAUGAAAACCGUAGUGAAAAACUGUUUGCAGAUUUAUGUUCAAAAAUGUUUGAAUAUAACAAAUUAUAUGUAAAGGAUUUAACAAGUAAUAGCGGCACUAGUUUAAUUACAAGUAUGUUAUUAAAUAAGGAUACACAGACUGACUGUAAUAAUGUUCCUACUGCUUGUGACAUUGAACCAAAAUGUGAAUCGAAUUGUGAAAAUGUUGAAGUUAAACCUGAAAUAGAAGCUGGUACAGAAACAAAUAUACCUUGUGAAAUUAAUAAUCCCCAUACUGCUUUAAAAUCGACUAAGGUAAUAAAUUUGGGUUUAAUAAGAACCGACACGCAAGACACAGAUGAUUGUUGGAUUGAUAGUAUAAACAGAAAUACAACAGCUUUAGAACUGUGGAAUAGAAAAUAUGAAGGAGAAAAAAUUAUUGUCACAGAUGAAUAUUUGAACAAUUUGAAAGAAGAGCAAACUGAAGAUAAUGAAUGGGAUAGAAAGACUGAAGAUUUAAAUUAUAAUUUUGAGAGGAAGUUAUCAUCUGGUGAUGAUACAUUUGUAGAUGGAAAAUCUCCGAAGGAAGAGGAAGCAUCAGAUGAACGAACUAGUGAAAAAGAAAUUGAAGUGAAUCCAGUAAAUCAAGCUGAAAAUAAAGAAUCACUUGAUAGAGAAGAACAUGAAACAUCAAAUCCAAAUGACCCAACACGUCAACUAAUAAACAACUCAGAAGAACUUCUUUCAGAGCAAACAAAACUAAACAGUGAAGGUUUAGAAAUUAACAAGUCAAAUUUUGACAAUGAAUGUAAUAACAAGGAUGCAUCUGAUAUUUCAAAUGCUUUAGAUAUGAUUAAAGAAAGACUUGUUUCAAAAGAAGUAGAUGAUUCAAAUAAAGAGAACAAUUUAGACAGUCUCUGCUGCUCCACUAAUUUAAAUCAGACUGAAACAUCACAAACUUAUUCUAAGCAAAUUAUCUCGGAUAGCCCUAAACCCAAUGUUGAUGUUGAUUCAGAAAAUAGUUGUCUGAAAGAUGCAGAAGAAGCUGAAAGAAAUAAAGCAGAUACUGGGAGUUUAAGCUCUUUAGAUGAAAGCAUGUCCUCCGCAUUAUUAACAUUAGUUGAUCAUUUAGAAGCUAUUGCAACAAUUGAUCCUUCUGGUACUAAAGAAACUGAGGGGUGCAUUGAUAAAUCAGUCCAAAACCAAUCUCCGGAUUCUGUUACUAAACAACUUUCAGAUAAUAAGAAAAGUUGUUUUCAAAAUUCAGAACAAACUGAAAGAAACAGAUCAAAUAGUGAUACUUUGAACAGUUUAGAUGAAAACAUGUCAUCAAAUUUGAUUCAAUUAUGUGAUCAUCUAGAGGAUGUUGCAUCGGUUGAAGAAAUAGAUUCUGAGUUCCAUGAUGAUAACAAAUUACCUGAAGAUAACUGUCAUCAAAAUAAUUGUUCAAAUGAACAAAUUUUAGAGGAAGCAAAUGCUGAUCAAACUCGUGAAGAUGAUUCAGAUAAAAUAUCUUCAGAGACAACUUACUCCCAAGAGACAGUAAUAUUAUGCACUAUACCUGAGAGAGAUGAAACAGAUUUAGAUGAAGAUGCGAAUAAGUUGGAUACAUCUGUGACGCAUUCGCAAAUUGUAGAUCCAUCUAAAUGUGUUGAUGAAAUGGAACAUUUAUGUUCUGAAGAAAACGAAACUGCUGAUAGUGACGAAACAGAUAUUGGUGAAAAUUCAUUAACUAUUUCUGAACUUAUGUCUCAAAUUGCAGAUGAUACUAAUAGUGAAAGAGUAGAACAUUUGACGUGUGAAAAUAAUAGUGCACCUGACAGUGAUAAAACAAACAUUGAUAAAGAUGCAUGUAAACUAUCCACAUCUGAAUCUUCACCACAAACUAUCAGUCAGACUGAAUAUGUUGACAAAACAGAAUUGACAUCUUCCAAAAAGAGUCAUGCAGGUGAUGUCAGUGAAGAAAAUAUUGAUGAAGAUGUAAAUAAGUUACCCACAUCUGAUUAUCAACAAACUGCAAGUCUGAAUACUGAACCUGUUGAUAGAAUAGAAUGUCUACCUUCUGAAAAAAGUGACAGUAAUGAUGAUGGUAAUGAUGAAGAUACAAAUAAAUUACCCACAUCUGAGCUACUACCAGAAAUUGAAAGUCUUUCUAAACAGAUUGAUAAAAUAGAAAAUUGGUCUUCUGAAAAAAGUAAUAGUGAUGUAACAGAUAUUGACGAAGAUACAAAAAAAUUGCCCAUAUCUGAAAUAUUCCCAGAUAUUCCUAAAAACAAUAAUUUUCUGAACUCGACCAAUAAUUUGCAUAAUGAUGAAAAUAUUUUAGCACAUAAUAAUAGCAAUAAGGAAGAGUUGAUUAAUAAAAGCAAGAGCACGAAUGAGGAAUGUCUACCUGAAAGUAGCAACAUGCCCGACAGUGAUGAAACAGUUAGGAAUGAUCUUUUAAUGUCAGAAAUAUCUAAACAAAUCUUAGAUGACGCUGAAAGUGAGUGCUUGUCUGGAACUGAAAACAAGUCUGAUAGUGAUGUAACAGAUCUUAAUGAACCUAAUUCACAAUUAUCCGUAAGGAUAGAUGCUAUUACUGAAAAUGACUGUACAGAUUCUACGAAAAAAACAGGAAAUAUUGAAGAAGACGGCUCUUCAGAGUGCAGUAACAAAUCAUUUGUAUUUCACAUCAGAAAAAAUGAAGAAAUAGGUGACACUGAAAAUGAUAAUUUUGACUCUGCCAAUAAGUCGACAAACAUUGAAGAAGAAAAUUCAUCUCACAGUAGUAACAAAUCCUUUGUCUUCAAUAUUGAUACCAGUGAAAACCUCAACUGCAAAGAGACACAAUCGAACAAUGCAGAAGACGAUCAACAUCAAUCACAAUCUACUUUGGACGGUACUGUUGAAUAUCCCAAUAAUAAUACCCAGGGGGGAGAAACCGGUAAAAAUGUUGAAGAUAAUACAACUGAUGCCAUAAAUAUGAAUGCCGAAUUGCAAGAAAAUGAGAAUUGCCAACCUAUAGGUGCUACUGGAGACACCAUAGAAAUUAUAAGUGACAGUGACGAUGAUGAUGUUCGUCUAGAUGUGACUAUGGAAGAAAUUGUAGACACUGGAUCUCCUUCCACUAUUGAUAAUAUUAAUGCGCAAGAAGACGUAAAAAAAGAGGAAGUAAUUAAAGGGGCGAUUGAAGACCCAGAAUUAAUAGUUGAAGAAAAUAUUGAAAAACGUAAUACAGAAGAGUACAAUAUGCCUACAACCCAACAAAUUAUUGGAGAUGAAUUGUUAGAGCUACUCAGGGAAGUGGAAGUACCUUCUGUUGCACCUUUAAGCACAUGUGCCAGAAAUAUACAAAAAACAAAUAACAAGAAGGAUAUAAAGGAAGCUGAUGAAAUAUUCAAAAUGCUUCUGGAAGAAAGUACUUCGGAUAUAAGCGAUUCUGAAAUCAGUGACGACAAUAUAAGCUUAAGUCAAAGUGACACAGACUUGUUUGAAAAUGUAAGUAAAAGCAGGAAAUUAAUUGUCACCAAAAAUGAGGAACCAGUACGAGAUGACAUAAAGGAUUUGUUAGAAGUGUUUGAUGUAAAGGAUUGUUAUGUUUCUCUUGAAAAAUUACAACUGGAAGCUCAUGAAGUUGUUAAAGUGAAUAAAGAUGACUCUAUAGAUAGAUUAUGUGACUUAACCAACAUUAUCGGUAAAAGGAAACAUGGAGAUUCACAGAAAAUACCUCAGUUGAAGAGAGUAAAAAAAAGGGUUGUGUCUAAUAAAGGUACUUCGGAUUCAGAAUCAUUAUCUGAUUAUUCACAUUCCGACUCUGACAGUGCACGACAUGACAACUCAACAUUUUCAACAAACCUUAAUCCACAUGUAGGACAUAAAUUAGAUGACUUGCUAGCAAAUGAGAUUUGCAAUGAUUUGAAAAAUGAUUCAAGUAAUGAGAGCACAGAUGUUGAUUCUGAUGAUCCAAAUAAAACUUCCGAAAAGACAAAAAGUGGGGAUAAAGGGAAAAUUGUAUCUGACAUUCGAAGCAAGCACUUACUAAGCAAAGAAGAGAGAAUAAAAAAAGCUUGGAAAAACGAUCCUCUAUUAAGAGGAAAACUGACAUCUGAUGAUGAAAGUACAUCCGACUCUGAAAAAUCGUCUAAAAGAAGAAAAGCCUUACGAAGCAGAUACGAACAUGACACCGAUUUCAAUAUUGUAACUGAAGAAAAUGAUUCAGACAGUGACAAUUCACAUACAAAUAGUGCAAAUAAAUUUCGACUUGAAGAUAAAAUCAUAAGCCCUAUAAAGAAGAAUAUACCCAUAUCUGACAGUAGUAGUGACACAGAUAGUGACAUUGAAAUAAUUACUUCACAUCAACAAGUAACGCCCCCAAAGAACUCAGAAUUAGGAGAUGAAUUAGGACCGGGUAGUUCACAGAAAGGUAGACGUAACAUUAGAGCCCUCAUGUCAGACGAGAGCCUUGCCGAAGCCACACAGAGAGCAAACAAAGAGGAACAGGAGAGAAUUGAGAGAUUAGAAGGCAGGCACAGGAUCAAAGAGAGCCUCAGUCAAUCUUUUACUCAGUUAAUAGAGGAGGAUACUUUAGUCUUAGAUGUGGAUGAAUUAACAGGGGAACCUCUGGUUAAGGUACACCCCAAAUUAAGCCAAAGAUUGAAGCCGCAUCAGAAAUCUGGUAUCCAAUUCAUGUGGGAUUCUUGCUAUGAAAGUCUUGAAAGGCUUAAAGUGGAUGAGGGCUCGGGAUGUAUUUUAGCACAUUGCAUGGGUUUGGGAAAAACAUUUCAAGUAAUAACAUUACUUCACACAUUAUUUUCGUAUGAAGAAAUGAAUACAAAACAUGUGUUAGUUGUAUGCCCUACGUCAACAGUUGCCAAUUGGAAGAAAGAAGUCAAAAUAGCCUUUAAACAUUUUUCAGAUGAAAAAUUAAAUAUUAUUACUAUUGUUGAUAAAAGGGAGGUGUCUCAAAAAUACAGUAUUGUAAAACGGUGGUAUUUACUUAAGAAGUGUGUAUUGGUGCUAGGCUAUGAAUGUUUUGAAACUCUAACAAAUGAAACGAAACUGGAAAAAGUUGGUUUUCACCUGAAGGAGAGAAUGUUAGAAGCCUUAAUAGAUCCAGGACCCGACUUAGUGAUAUGUGAUGAAGGGCAUUUACUAAGGAAUAAAAAAGCCUUAAAGACACUUGCAUUAAAUAAAAUCAGGACUAAAAGGCGGAUCGUUCUCACUGGAACCCCUCUGCAGAAUAACUUAUUAGAAUAUUACUAUAUGGUCAACUUUGUCAAACCUAAUCUUUUGGGUAAUAUGAAAGAAUACAAGACAAAUUUCGUAAAUCCAAUAACUAAUGGGCAAUAUGAGGACUCGACUUCAGAGGAUAUUAAAUUGAUGAUGAAGAGAACUCAUGUGUUACACAAACUACUAAAGAAAACUAUUCAGAGAGUGGAAGAUACUGAACUGAAAAUAUAUCUUCCGAAAAUAGUAGAUCAUGCUGUUUUCAUUCAACUUCACCAAGUUCAAGUAGAUUUAUACAACAAGUUCUCCGAACUGGUUGCCAAAAACAGCACUAACACUAAUAAAAGAGGAUUCUUGAGCGAUUUUUCCAUUUUUCAAUAUAUUUGUACACACCCUCAUCUAUUGGCGGUCAUGGAAAAUCUACGUAAUAAAAAAAUUAGAGAGAGAGACCUCAUUACAGACGAACAAGAAGACAAUCCUAUGUGUAACAUAGAAGGAUGGUGGAAAGCAGUAGUGCCUGAGGAUGCAGCAGAAAAAAUUGAAUAUGGACAUAAACUAAUGGUUGUCAAGUCGAUAAUAGAAGAAUGCGAGGAAAUUGGAGACAAAGUAUUAGUUUUUUCGCAAAGCUUGGGGGAAUUAAAUUUGAUUGAACAUUUCUUAGAAAAAGAAGGUACAUCUAAUUGUCAUUCGUGGAAGAAGAAAAUUGAUUAUUGUAGAAUGGAUGGGACCGUUCCACCUGCACUUCGAAGUACAAUAUGUGAUCUAUUUAACGACAAGGAUAAUAAAACAUUAAGGCUGUUGUUAAUGUCAACGAAGGUAGGAGGUUUGGGCUUAAACUUGACGGCAGCAAAUAGGGUCAUUAUAAUGACGGUAAACUGGAAUCCAUCUUAUGAUAUUCAGAGUGUUUUUAGAGUGUACAGGUUUGGGCAAGAAAAAGAAGUUUAUGUAUACAGACUGAUUGCUUUGGAUUCAAUGGAAGAGAAAGUUUAUCAAAGAACAGUGACAAAAUUAGCUAUAGCUCAUCGUGUUGUUGACAAGCAUCAGAUCACAAGGCAUUACAAAUCUAUGGAUUUGCAAGAGUUGUACUCUUGCAAACCCGAUGCUGAUACCGAAAGACCAAUUUGUAAUGUACCGGAAGACAAAGUGUUGGCAAAACUGAUAUUAAAAUUACCUUACAUUUAUAAACAGCACGAACAUCAAGCCCUCUUGAAAAAUAGGCCAGAGGACAAUCUUAAUGAGCAUGAACUUAACGCAGCAUGGGACGAAUUCAAAAGGAUUAAAGACGCCCCACAAAUACCACCACCACAACAUCUACAACCACAAACGUCAUCAUUGCCUCAAGUUUCAUUACCCAAUGGGCCAACGUAUUCUAUGGCUUAUGAUUUAACAAGACCAGUAAUUUCUGCUCAUAGUAUCAAAAAAGUAAUUGGAAGAACGGACAAUGGUGAGGCUGUUUUAAGCCAUUAUUUUAUUCCAAGUGAGACAAACGAUGAUUUGAAGAAAACAGUUCGGACUUCACAUUCUAAUGUGAUCCAAAAUCCAAAAAUUCCAUCGGACACUGUAGUAUCCUUAGAAAGUAGAGAAGAUUCAGGUAUGAUUCCUGUAUACAGUACAGCCAAAACUGACACAGAGGAUCCUCUAUAUAUACCUUUGUCAGAAGAUAACAAAACUCGUAAAUCUUAUGGUGAAUUGCUAAGUGCAUUGAAACAAAAACAACCUAUAAUUUCAAAAUUACCUCUGACUACAACUAUAGUUUUGGAAGAUUCACCAGAAAGGAGUAAUCAGAAAGAGAAUCGCCAUCGCAAAAAAUCAGUAGAAACAUCAAAAGUAGAAGCUGUAGUCAUUUUAGAUGAUGAGCCAAGUAAAGCAACUAGCAGCAAUUUAUCAGAAAAUGCCUAUGGGCCGCGAAUUAGACUUAACAAUAUUGCUGGAACUAAAAGAAAGAGAAAUAAUGAUGACGGUAAACAAGCCAUUUUGAAGAAAAUGCGAGAAGGUUUUAAUAAACCCAUCAGUCAUUUCACAUCAAUCAGUGUAGAUGAUGAUGAUGAUGUAACGGAAAUAGCUAAUACUUCCUCAGAAUCUGGAUCAUUAUCUAACGAACUAAUAUCUAAUUUGGGACGUAGUGGCAUAACUAUUCAUAAAGUGAUAAAAGAUGUUCAUCAGAACAAUGGUGCCAUUAUAACACUCGAUUAAAUGAAGGAAAUUAAAAAAAUAGGGAUUAUUUAUGGAAUAUUUAUUUGGAAUAUUUCCAAUGUAUAU